AUGGUUAUGAACGAAAAAGAACGUGCGCUAUCAUUGCUGCAUCGUCGUUGGAUUGAUGAAGUUAUUGACCAUGGAUCAUUAUUCGUAAUGAUUAUUAUUUAUGUAGAUUACGCAUGUGAUGAUGCCUAUGGGAGAAGUAUACCUAUUUCUCCUAUUUCUCAACAAAAUCUUUCUUAUGCUCAAUAUGGACAAGUGCAGAGUCACGAAAGUGUUAAUAUAACACAGCCAAGCAGCUAUGAAACUAAUAUUAGAAUUAACGAUUCUGAAAAACACCUCUCUUCAGCUUCUUUUAAUAAUACUGGAAGUAUAAAUGAGAAAGGACAAUUUCAGGAGCCUCCUACACCAACAACUCAACAUGGAAAUUAUACAAAUGAUGGACUUACAGACAGUGAUGAGGACUUAGCUAAACGUUUGUAUCGUGAAGAAUCUGAAAAUUAUCAUGGGCAUAAUACGGUCGCAGGAAGUCAAACCGGUGGAAUGUAUAGUCCUAAAGGAGAGGCUGCAUCUUACUACGCAAAUGUGAAUGAGCCAGGACAAAGAGUCUCUGGAGCACAAAUUCAAGGAACUACAGAAAACACCAAAAAACAUCCAAAACCAGCCAGCGCAUAUGAUGAUCCUAAAAUACAAGUACAGUUGGAAAAGCGACCAAGAUGGAGACCAUAUUUUACAUGGGUUGUUACUACUGUUCAUUUAGCAAUGUUUAUUUACGGAUUUAUAAAAAAUCAAGAAUUAUAUGGAACUCUUAUUCAGACACAACCUCUUAACCCAAUGAUCGGUCCAUCAUCACUGGUUAGUGUUGCAAUUCAAGGAGAAUUUGAUUAUCAAUUUGAGUGUCCUUCAAAUGUGGGAGGGCAAUUUGUUGUUCAACAAUGUCCAUUAAAAACGGCAUGUGGAUUUGAUGGAAGAGGAUUUAGAAACGAGGUUCCAGAUCAAUGGUUUAGAUUUAUCACACCAGUAUUUCUUCAUGCAGGUCUUAUCCAUUUCCUUUUCAAUAUGCUUUUUCAAUUAAGAACAGGCAUUUCAAUAGAAAGGGAUAUUGGAUGGUGGAGAUAUAGCAUUAUAUAUAUGGCAAGUGGCAUAUUUGGAUUUGUAUUUGGUGGUAAUUUCGCCACGCCUACUAUUCCUUCUAUGGGAGCAUCAGGCUCACUCUUUGGCAUUAUUGGGAUUUUAUUAUUAGACACGCUUCAAAAUUGGAAGUUAAUGAAAAAUCCAUGUUUGGAACUUACAAAGUUGAUGUUGAUGAUAUUGUUUUCAUUUUUGAUAGGUCUUUUGCCAGGUUUAGAUAAUUUUUCACAUAUAGGAGGAUUUAUUAUGGGUAUAUUAACUGGAAUGAUUUUAUUGCCGACUAUUAAAUUUUCCAAAUUUCAUAAAUGGACAACGUGGAUUCUAAGAAUUGUAGCAAUCCCGGCAGUGGUAUUAUUGUUUUUCUUCUUGAUCAAAAAUUUCUAUACAAGUGACCCAAGGGAUAAAUGUCCAUGGUGUAAAUAUCUUGGUUGUUUGCCUGUAUUUGGAUGGUGUGAUAUCACUGGAAUAAAACAAUAG